AUGUGGUGCCGGGCAUUUUCGACUACUUUGGGAGGACAUGCCCGGACCUGGUACUCCUGUCUUCCCCAUCGUUCCAUCAACCGUUGGGAAGAGCUGAAGACCUGUUUCUUAGCCCACUACGCUCCUUUGAAGCGCCACCGAAAGUCUUCCAUGGCUCUGGUAAGCAUCAAGCAAAAUCAGGGUGAAUCCCUAAGGGAUUUCGUGGCGAGGUUCAACGAGGAGGCAUUGAGUAUCAACGAGUUCGACCAGCGGAUCGCAAUGUCCUUGGCCAAGACUCCACCUCGUACUUUUACAGAGGCCUUGGCCCAGGCUAAUAAGUACAUUAAUGCUGAAGAGGUGAUGAAGGUGAAGCGGGCGAAACAACCUGAAAGUAAGGAAAGAGAAAAGGAGAAGAAAAAGCCAGUGGUGGAGCAGAAGACGGACUAUCGCCUCUCCCGAGCUCCAGAUCGCCCGAGUUUCGGGGGUGCACGUGAAAGCCCGAUGAGUUAUACUCCUCUCAAUGCCAGUCGAGCCGAGAUUCUACUGGCAUUGGAGGAUAAGGAUUAUUUGCGGCGUCCUCCACCGCUGAGGUCUCCACCCAACACUCAAAGCAAAAGGAAGUAUUGCCGAUUCCACCGCGACCAUGGUCAUGUUACAGAGGACUGCAUCCAGUUAAAAGAAGAGAUUCAAGAGCUUAUCAAUCGGGGUUACCUCCGAGAUUUCGCUGGCCAAGAAGGUGUGAGUUCGGGUAGAGUUGAGUCCAAGUCGGAUAAUAGGAGAAGGUCUCCUACACGGGAUCGCUUCCGAGAGCGAAGUUGGACACCGUCCUGGAGAGAAAGAAAACAGCCCGCUGGGGAUAGAUGA